GAAACGAAUAAUAAUAAUUCGACUAGAGGGACAGCAUUACGCGCAGCGUAAAGAGGGACAGCAUUACGUGCAGCCAUCAUUUCGCUUCAUUGUAUUCUGCCUUUAAAACCCAUGAGGCAUUGCAAAGUAUUCAGUAAAGAAGAUUGAACAAUUGGAUGGCUGAUAGCAAGAUUCUUUAACCCUCUCAGACAGUUCAGCAAGAACAAUUACCCAUUUUAGUGUUACAUCCAACUGCAGCACCUUCUGCAGCCAUGUCUUACCCACUGUCACACAAGACUGUGUUUGUACUUGACUGUUCACCGGCCAUGGAACGGCCAUGUGGGCACCAGUUUGAGAUGGACUCACUGAGCAAGGGCCGCUCCAGCGGUCUGAUCCCACUGGCGCCCGUCACCAAGACUAUGUGGACGUGCGCAGUGGAGGCGGCUGUCGAGUACUGCCGCAUCGUGUGGGACAUCUACCCAUCGGCCCGGCUGAUUCGGCUCAUCGCCAAUGGCGCUCAGGCGGUGUCUGUGAACGACUGGACGGCGGCCGACCAGCACCUGACCGCGCUGAUGCAGCAGCUGGCGGGCGUGAUGGGCGGCGUCCGCUCGGCCGGCAGCCAACACUCGCUGCACGCCGGUCUGGCGGCGGCGCUGCACGCGCUCGGCGAGCCGUCUGAGGCGCAGCGGGCCGACCGCGCCGCCGACGCCGCCGCCAAGGUGAUGAACCGCGGCCGCGUGGUGGUGGUGUCCCAGCUGGCCGACGACGGCCAGGCGCGCCGGCUGCGCGAGUGGUUCGCUGACGCGCUGCUGCAGCACAACCGCACGGCGGACGGCGCCGCCGGCCGGCUGACGGUCCACAGCUGUGAGCUGGUGCUCGUAUCGGUUCACCCGGACACGGCCGAGUGCCCCGUCACGCCGCGGCCGCCAGCGCCGCUCAGCGCCAUCCUCAGCGGCUCCGUGGUCACGGCCAAGGCCGGCACCCAGUUGGCGCCCAUGAUGAUGAACCUGGUGCUCAGCCACUACGAGCUGGCGUCUACCACCGUCACCGGCAUCCCAAUGAAGGAGGAGCAGAACUCAGGCAGCUCGGCCAACUAUGACGUGGAGCUGCUGCACCCGGCCAAGGCGUACGAGUCCAUCCUGCAGGGAAGCCCGGCAGACCACGCUCACCUGCGCACGCGUCGGGACGGCUGCGAGUAUGAAACCAUCACGCUCAAGUGGUGCACGCCGCGCACCAGUAGUGCCGAACUGCACCAGUGCACGAGUGCGUCGCGCGUGACACCGGUGGACGUCAACAGCCGGCCCUCGUCGUGCCUCACCAACUUCCUGCUCAGUGGUCGCGCUGUCAUGCUCGAAAUGCCACGCAGAAGCGGUGGCAAGUUCGUCUCGCAUAUGCUGGCCGCGCACGGUGGUGAAAUCUUCAUGCACGCGCUGGGCAGUGGCCGCUCGGUGCUAGAGGACCCGCCUAGUGUCAGUGAGGGUGCCGGCGGCCGCGUCACCGACUACCGUAUCACGGAGUUCGGCCGAUUGGUGAGCGACAACCGUCUGGCUCCCGGGGAAGCUUCUGAGGAGGGCGGUGUGCCGCUGCAUGCGGCGCUCGAGCGGCUGGCGCGCCACACACGUGUCUGGCCCAUGACGCUUUCCGAGUCGUGUCUGGCGGCUCUGCCGUCUCUGGAUUCACUAACGGCUCUCCUCGUCAAGGACUCGCUCUCUACAGACGAGGUGCUGGAGUGUAAGAAGGCUGUAUACAAUCUGGUGUCUAUGGAGGCUCGCCACGAGCCCCUGCCUGUGACCACUAGCGGCGCGCGCGGCCGCGGUGUGAAGCGCGAGGAGCAGUACCGCGCACUGUGGUCGGAGCUGGAGGCACUGGUUCGCGCUCACUGCCGCUCGGACGGCCACCAGGCGGCGCUCGAGUGCGUGCUCGAGUGCCGCAGCCAGGGCCGCGCUGCCGAGGAGCGCCUCGGCCUCGAUCAGGCCAUGGAGGAGCUGGACCGCUGCGGCGCGCCUGUGCAGGACUCUCCGCUGUCGCCGCCGCCGACCAAACGCUGGCGCCGAGACCGGCCACCGGCCCAGCUCAGCUUGCUGGAAAUGUGGAACCAGCGAGUUGACGCCGAUAACGCGCUCAAGAGGCUCGAGUUCUCGGGCAGGCUGAACGGUGGUGAUAAUAACAUCGUCAAACUGUAUGCGAAACUCGAUAAGGACAAGGGAGACGAUGUCAAAAAGUGAUUGUUUAGUUACCAUACGUUUUGUGUGUGUGCGUUUGUACAUUAUGAUUCGGAGUGUGACUUGUUGAAUUUUCACCGAAGGUUGACCGCGGUGCAGGCUGUGAUGUCUUGGAUCAAUGCUGGUCGCACCUCUCAUGUAUGUCCGAUGUGCAGGUUUUUGUCUUGGCCUAUCAACUCAAAGUCGUCACGAAACGACACCGCUGAUAGACAGUAGUUAAUGAAUAACGAAUCACAUGAUUUGUUCAUCGCUUGUAGUGGAUUAAUUUCGUACCACAUAGUAACUGGAACAGUGCUUACAUCCUACUGCGCAUACGUACCACACGUACCGACUCGUAGGCUCAACGUGUGCAUAAACGUGUACAUAAAGCAUGCAUCAUCUGGUCGGAUCUGCGGAAUAAUUUCGUGCUGCCAAUACAACCCAUCUGCAUUUUUAA